GAAUGCCCUCACAGCUCUGUUCGACACUUCACAGAGCUGACAAUGAAAUGUUUAAUAUUAAUGCUACUACUGGUGAUACUGGUGCUGGUCUUCCAGACCAGUGCUACCUCCUUUGGCCCUGAAAAUGUGGGUUCGCGGUACGGACAACGUCCAAAGGAUUUGAUAUUGAGUGCCUUCUACCUGCCUUACGAAAGCACGACCAUCUUGGCUGAUCGCUUCGACAUCAUAUUGCCUCCCCUGGUCGAGGAUUCUGAGACGGGCAUCUUGACCACCGAGAUUUACUAUGAACUGAAGAUGAAACUUGUUCGAACUCUAGCUAUACCCCAAGAUAUCCCGUACUUUGCGUUCAAAAGCGAACACGCCCUGGCAGUCAAGGAGCUUAGCAAUGUGUUCCUCGAGGCGAGAGACAUUCGUGAACUAUUCAGUAUUGCCAUCCUGAUUCGCGACCAUGUAAACCGCCCUAUCUACUUGGCCGCUCUAUACCAUACCUUCUUUGAAAGAAAGGACCUGAGCCCUGGUGACUUGCCCCCGUUGGAAACUCUAUUGCCAGACAGGUUCGUCCCUGCAGUUGUCAUCAACAAGGCGAAACAGCUUGCUAAAUUAGCGAUACUCCAUAAGGAAAAGAAAGAGGUCACCGUCUACUGGCACGUCAACGAGACUGGCAUUGGCCCAAGAAGCCCAGAGCAUAGGGUGGCAUACUGGCGCGAAGACAUGCACCUCAACAACUUCCACUGGCACUGGCACCUUUCGAACCCUUACAGCGUCAGACCCGGAGCGAGAGACCGUCGUGGUGAACUUUUCUACUACAUGCAUCACAAUCUGGUUGCGAGAUACAACAUGGAACGUCUUAGUGUCAACCUUGAACCGGUCGUCCCCUAUGACACCUGGCAUCUGCCUAUUGACGACGGAUAUUUCCCCCACAUCACCACAGGCAAUGGGUAUGACUGGGCAGACAGACAGGACAAAACCUUCUUUAGGGAUGUUCGAGAAAUACCUCUGAACCAGUCCAGCUACGUAUCACAGCUAGAGAUGUGGCGAACUCACCUGUACCACUCUAUCGACGUUGGAUUCAUGGUCAAAGAGAACGGCUCUCAUGUGCGCCUCACGGACAAUCCGAGGAUAGGCGAAGAUUUCGGCAUAAACCUGCUCGGCGAAUCGGUGGAGGCGGGCGCGAGCGUCAACCCCGCUCUGUAUGGCAACCUCCACAACCUAGGUCACGAUUUGAUCAGUCAGAGUCAUGACCCUGCCAAAAGACACAAUACACAGAUAGGCGUAAUGGGAGCCGUAGAAACCGCCGUAAGGGAUCCAGCCUUUUUCCGUUGGCACAAAUUCAUAGACAAUUUGUUCCUCAGGUACAAGAUGACGCAACCUCCUUACACAGCAAGACAGCUGGCUGGAGAUUUGGAGGUGGUAGACGUUCGUGUCAUGGAAGAGAAAGUGCUAGACAAUUAUGCCCCGACACCGGAUCAUCUCGUCACUUUCUUCGCUCCCUCGGCAUUUGAUUCUUCGCGAGGAAUUGACUUCAACAGGAAACCAGAGGACGACGUCACUGUUCUCAUCGUGACAGAUGUUCUCGACCAUCUGGAAUUCUCUUAUAAGAUCCGGAUCCAUAAUCCGACGUCAGAGUUCAAGCGCUCGAAGAUCCGGAUUUUCCUCGCGCCAAAAUUCGACGAGGACGGAGAGAGGCUGGACUUUGCUGCGCUGACACACUACUGGACGGAAAUGGACGUUUUUGAAACACAGGAGAUUAUGCCUGGUACUGAUUACAUCUACAGACGCUCCAAUGAAAGUAGCAUCCUCUCAACAUAUCAUGGAGAUAAUAAUAUCACUAAGUUCGCUUUCUCCGGCUGCAGCUGGCCUCGGAAUCUCCAGCUGCCUCGAGGUACUCCAGAUGGCAUGAUUUUCCACCUCUUCGUGAUGGCUUCCAACAUUGAUGAUCCUUCAGAGAUCCCCGACCCCCAGCCCAACGGGACCUCUGGGAGUUUCUGCGGACGCCCUGACGAGAAAUACCCCGACAAGUGGCCUAUGGGGUACCCUCUGGACAGGAGGAGUUCCCACCAGACGAUCGAAUCCUUCGUGGCCGAGCAUCCCAACAUGAUGCUGAAGGAUAUCGUUAUUAAACAUGUUAGGGACCGUGAUAGCAUUGGGCGCCAGCCGCAGAAGGAGAGUAGCGAUUGCCUGCUCUUCACUUGCUAGGGGGCCUUUGCUUGCUCGCUCUCUCUCUCUCUCUUGUUCUCUCUCUCUCUCUCUCUCUCUCUCUCUCUCUCUCUCUCUCUCUCUCUCUCUCUCUCUCUCUCUCUCUCUCUCUCUCUCUCUCUCUCUCUCCCUUUCUCCUUUAUUCCCUCUUUCUCUCUCUCGCCCCCUUCGCUCGUUCCCCGAUCUUUUCUUGACCUCUACAAACAUUCUACAUCGAGUCACGGUGCCACUCGGACGCUGGCUCCUCCCGGGGGCCACCCGCUUUGCCGGGUCAACUUCCGCUCUGCACGACGACUCUUAUUAAUCGUAACUUCAAUAAAGACUGCAACCAGAA